AUGACGGCGUCUAUAGUCGCCGUCGGCGUCGAGGACAGAGGCGAGUGGCUUAAAGCCGCGAGACUCGAUGAUGGCCCAGCCUUGCUCGACGUCGAUGCCGCUCUCCUGGUCCAUCGUUCAGAGUGGCAAACGCGGGUAACAAGGAUAGAUUUUCGCAAGGUUCGGAAUCGCGCGAUAGUGGGGCGUGGAACGGUUGGAGAGGUGGGUGCAGUGGAGGAGGUGAUGUCAAGGGCGGGAAGGCGAAACGUGUCAGGAAUGUCUCGCAGAGGCGGCCGGGAAAACGGAUGGAGACGGGGAUAG